AUGGGUAAUAAAUCAACGAAAUCUUUAAUAAUAGAUGAGAUUAAUUCCCUCAUCUUAUCUGCAAAUCAAAGUUACAAUCAAGAUAUUGAUCAACCGAUUGAAAUCUUGCCUGAAAUCGAAAAGCUAGUCGAUGCCGUCAAGAUUUUAACUAAUGAAACUCCGUACGAUGAUCAUUUUUAUUGUGAUCUGUUUCUAAUCUUAAUCAACAUCUAUAUCAAGCAGAAGAAAUAUCAUCAUGCUUGCUUCUGCUGUUUGAAAGCAGAACAAAUAGCCAGAAAAAUAAACUCCGGGAAACAUAUCGCUUUUUGCUUGAAUAGGCAAGACGAAACAGCAAGGUUAUCUGGAGGCUUGAAUCAAAAAUGUCAAUUAAAUGGAAAAAACUGCCAAAGUAUACAUUUGACAUCCUUUCUAUUUGAAGAUACUUCUAACGAUUUGUUAUCAUCGAAUCAAAAAACUAUUUUAUCAGAUUGUCUUGUCGGCAACAAGGAAUUUUUGAAAGCUUGCAUCAGGGCUUUGGGCAAUGCUAAAUUUUACAAUAAUCUGAAUAGAAUUAGCGUUAUGAGUGCUAGAUAUACAAGUAUUUGUACGCAAUCUUUGAUAGAAAUGCUUAAUAUUUCUGCAUAUAGAAUUGAAAAGCAACUAACUGGUGCUGCACAUACGGGAAUUAGCUUUACGGAUGAUGUUGCAUGUAAAUUGAACGAUGAUCAAGUAUUUCUUUUUACCUUCGUGACAUACACCUUGCUAAAGAAUAUUUUAGUUACAAAAUUUGCUAAAAAUACGUGCUGUGGUGAGGAAAGUAAUGGAAAUACUUUCUCAAAAUCACGAACAAACGUUACUAAGGAGGAAGAAUACGGACAAGUAAAUAGAAAUUAUCAAAGUACCGAAACAAUAACUACGCCCAAAAUUAAUGACUCAUUCUCUAAUUUUAUAACACCAUUCGAAAAAUUAAUUCGCCUUUAUAGGCAAAAUUCACAACUCAAUGAGUCUCUUCAAUCAUACUUCACUUGGAAUAAUAAUACUGCAAAUAAACCUUCUCAGGCUAUCAAAUUUUGCAGUAAUAAUAUCUCUGUGGCCCAUUCUAUUGCCUACUAUCCGUUCAUUCCUAAAAGCAACUUAUAUAUUAUUCCCUUAAAUAUGACUGAUGCAAUAAAUGAGACUUUGCAAAAUUGGCAUUAUUCAUCAGAAAGAAUCUCAUAUCUAGAAACUUUCAAGGAAUGGCUGGUUACCAUAAUUGGUAAAGAUACCUCUCAAAACCGGCUCAGCAUAACUAUGAACGAGCAAACUCAAGAAUAUUCGUUACCAAUUAUAAUUUUGGUCGGUUUACACCAAGGCAAAAUCCAUGAAGAACAAACUUGUCAAUUUGAGCAAUUAAUUCAAGGCUUAUUAAAAUCCUUACCUUUCUUAAAAAGUCAUGUAGUCUCUUCAAAAAUUAUUUUCAAUUCCAAUCUUCAAGAUAAUCAUUUGGAUAUCAUUAAUAAUCGCCGACAGUGUAGAAAUGAACUAAUGGCUAUGAUAAGACAGUUUCUACAGUCUCUACCACUUUCUCAGGAAAACAUACCGGCAAAAUGGCUCUUCAUGGGGCAAAUAUUACACGAAGCUGUUCAGAAGCAUCACAACCAAGAAUUAUCAAUAAAUCUUUUUGAUAAUAUAAUGGGUUAUUCAAUUCAUAAAAUAAUGAAAGUGGAUGAUAUACGCCAACUAUCGCGAGAUAUUGGAUUAUAUGAAGAUGAAAAUUUCUUUCUUGAUAUGUUAUCCUAUUUAAAUGAUGCUGGCGACAUUCUAUAUUGUCAAAAUGAAGGAAUUAUUGUUACUGAUCUUCAGUGGCUUGUAAACAUAGCUGGUCAUGCUUCAAAAUGGUAUCCACAGCGAUAUAAGGACAUGGAAUUUCAUGACGAAUUAGGCCAAAUAAAUUAUUUGAAAAAAAUAAACUGCGAAUGGUUAAAUAGCCUUGCUAGCCAUUUUAACUUCGAUGAUAUGGAGAGAAAAAUGAUCAUUGAUGUCUUAAAAAUUUAUGGCAUUAUAUCCGAAAUCAGUGAUUCCGAUAAGCAAUAUCAAGACAAUCGUGGCUAUUUUAUUCCUUACGUACUACCUCAAUAUGUUGAAGAGGAACCUAAUACAAUAAAACCCUACGAAAAAUCAGACUGGCUUCAUGUAGGAUAUAAUGUACAAGAUCAAGUGCCUUAUAUUCCAGAUAAUCUUUUUCGAGAUCUUAUAUCAUCAUGUCUCAAAGAAUGGGGAAAUCCAUUAGUCCAGUUCUUCCAUCGUUAUGCUAAAUAUUUUUUUUUAAAUAACCAAUAUUGUAUUGUAGUCAAAAAAGAAAAAUCCACCGUAGCAAUGCAAUAUCAAUAUGAAAUAUUGGAUAAUUCUACAUCAAAAAAUACAUUAGUUCAUAAUGUUAAAAAUUUUAUUGAUAAGUUUAGUCCACAUUCAGUCUUGCUAGAGGAAUUGAUAUCAAUUACAAAUAAGAAAAUGCCAAAAUUCGAAAAUAUUCGUGGUCAAUUUUACCUUAAAUGCGAUCUAUGUCAGCGAUUAAAUGGUAUAACCGACGUUCAUCAACGUCUUGGUUAUCAACAAAUCAAAUGCCAAGAAUGUUACUCUCCCAUGAGUUUUAAAGCUCUAGACGAUUGGAAUCUAGGGAACAAAGUAAAUGUCAAGGGUAUGCUAUAA